AUGGCAACCGCCGCAGAUGCCAUUGUUUUGUCUUCUUCUCCGGAUCCUCCUAUGCGCACGCCUAAGAAUCCUUUGAGUGAAACCGAAAUGCUUUUUGAGAUAUCGCCACUGGAUCAAACGUCACUACCCGUACCGUCUCUCGCAGAUGUUUUCCGCCCUCCUUCGCGAUCUCGAUUCUUCCCAGAUCCUAGUGUGACCGACAAACCAGCCAAGGCAAAGCGUCAGCCGGCAAAGAAAUCCGAUACGACAGGUCCAGAUGCGCCCAAAGCCCCCGCAAAAUCGAGACAGAUGGCAAAGAGGGCCACGAAGGAGCAGAACCCAGAAUCAGCCGCACUGGAAGACCUCGAGACGGGUGAUCUGGAAUCAAGGGAUAACACGGUGAAGAAGGCGGCACCUCCGAAAAAAGCUGGCGUGCGGACAACCAAGAAGGCCAAGGAGUCAGGAAAUCUGAAAUUGGCCGGCAAGGUCACCAAAGCGAGUAGUGAACCGAAAGCAAAGAAGGCGAGCAAAGCCAGCGAGAAAUCGAACUCCAAGCCAACGACCAGGGAUAUCGAAGUUGGACAAACAAAUGCAUUGGAUGGAAAUGACAAUCUGCAAUUGCAUGAGGCAAUGGCUAGAAGACGUGACUGGACUCCCCCAAAAGAAUCUGCUCGGGAACCUGUCCCUGCGGUAGACGAAGAAGCCGAGAGAUGCAAAGCGGGGGGAUUUGGGAAAUUGUUGACCGAUUAUAAUUAUUCUGGGGUCACUCUCGAUUCUCGCGAUGCUCCUAUGAAUAUAGAUGGCGGAGGACCUACAAAACGCAGGCGAAUUGAGUUGGUGGACCCUGGAGUUCAAGCGUUGAUAUCCGGCAAUUCAGAGCAAAGUGAUUCAUCCUCUGACGCAAAAUCCAAAAAGAAACCCAAAGCCCAGAAACGGUUCACGACGUUGACAGCCCGGAUGACCGCCCAAUAUACCACGAAUGAAACACCUGACGAUGACUUGAUGGAAGAUGUUGUCCCAGAUAUUACCAAAGCGAAAUCCCGACGGAAAGCCAAGCCAACGAACGAAGAACCCACUUUCACGGUUCUUUCGCCGGAAGCUGCCGUGAAGGCUUUGGAUGCGCAAGACCUCGUCUUUGGAACAUGCAGCCAGCUGGAAAGAGAGGAUUCACCGCAAACAUUGAGAGAUAUACAGCAAGCGAUUCGCGAAUCUGAGAGCCUUGCUUCGCCGGCAAGUGGAUGGAGCCCGGGAAAUGAGACACCCAGACGCUUGGGAGCUCGCCUGACAGGCACUAGGAAUCUCUGGGGCGUUGCGGCUCGAGAUUUGAAUGGCUCUUUGGUCCAGGCAGCUAACUUGGAUUCAAUUGAUUUGACGGAUGUUUCUCAGACAUCUCAAGAGAAGCAGGGCAAGUCUACUGGUCUUUCCGCAGUUCUUGAUGAUGAUUGGUUUGAUCUUGACUAUGGGAGACGUGCUCCGAAAAGCAUCACGACUUUACAGCAGAAACUCUCUGAGCCUGUUGUCGAUACUACACAGCUGCCUGUCACAGAGAUGUCCAGUGCAGAGGUGCCAGCUACAAAGCCCGCUACAAAUGUGCCCGUUAAAAAGGUGCCAGCUACAAAGGUUGCUCCACCAGCUGCAAAGGAAUCAUCAGUGGCGAAAAACAGUCGGCAAGCUGAUAUCCAACCACCUUCUAUGCCACAUUACCCUGGCUUCACGGAUGCCGAGCUUUCGAAGCAGGUUGCCAUGUUUGGAUUCAAGUCGAUUAAAGGUCGCAAGAAGAUGAUUGAUUUGCUUCAGAAAUGCUGGGAGUCUAAGCAUGGUACUUCGAGUAAACUUAUUGAAGCUACAACAGAAGCUCAGAGCGCUCCUUCAGAAACAACUGUCAAAAGCGCCAGACCAAAACCAAAAUCCAAAGCGAAGUCCAAGCCCAGCGCUGCCUCUAUACCGGAAUCAAUCGACAAACCCACACAAGCAAAAUCCCAUGCUUUGACAAGCCCAAAAAAGACGCCAAAGAAAACAACAGGCACUGGUACUCCCCGAUCUUCAUAUAUAGAUGUGGAUGAAAUCCAGGACUCCGAAGAAGAGUUAUUCCUAUCUCCCAUCCGAGUUCAGCACCGAUCCACCGAGAUAUCACCCACGAAACCAACCCAGAAGCACACCUUGGACAUCGUGACCAAGGAAGCACCCCAAUCCCCUACGAAACGAAAAACGACCUCCAAAACCUCACGCUCAAAAGUAACAGCUUCAUCUGUCUCCACACUCAAGAAUAGCAAAGCAAAAUUAUCCGUACGAAGGAGCUUGCCAGAUAUUUCUGCACAAAUCACCAAGGCUGUGCGCUCACAGGCAACUCUUUCGCCACUUUAUUCUUCAACCGGUAGUCGGAGUCGUCCCACAUGGCACGAGAAGAUCCUUAUGUAUGACCCCAUUGUAUUAGAAGACCUGACGACGUGGUUGAAUGUUGAAGGACUCGGUCUUAUUGACGAAGACCGAGAGGUUAGUUCAAUGGAUGUGAGGAAAUGGUGUGAGAGUAACGGCAUAUGUUGCUGUUGGAAGCAAAAUGCAAGCUGGUGA